AUGUCGAGUAGCGGGUACGUAUCGCUUCUGCUUCGAAACCCUAUGUUUGCUGGUCGGAUCCAGGUACUGGGUACCUCUCAACAGGUGGUGCCACCUCUACAAAUAGAUGCAGCCAAUGCUUCAACUCUUCAAGCAUAUCUCAUCGUGACUUUCUGCGCCCGGCUCACAGGAACCGCCUCUCGUGCUAUGACGAGUCAUGAUCUGCAUCGCAAAGUUAUUGAGCAGCCAUAUCUUCUGUCCGCUUUGAGGCCAGGUGCUCAUGGCUUUGCUCUCGCAAGUCUCCCUCGCUCGCGUAGCAUUACCGGUAUGGUAUGCCGACCGUCCGCAUGCUUCCUCUGUCCAAGUAUCAGAAUGCUGAAGCUCCGGUCAGUCAUUAUGGGACUGAACGACGAGUCUUCUGCAAGAGAACAGAGGAUAUACCGGAGAGAGUCCGGCAGCCAGAUCAUCCCCGGUCCCAGCCGCUCCACCGUGAAGAACGCCUUGAUUGCCAUUACCUGGUCAGACAGCCGCUAA